AUGAGAAUUGUAUAUUUAACAAUUAUAUUAUCAAUUGUUAUUGGAAGUGUAUUGUCAUUUACACCGGGACAAUCGACAGUGUUCUUUGAUGACUUUCAAUCGUUGAGUCAAUCGCGUUGGGUGAAAUCGGUCAAUUCAGAGGCGGACUUUGAGAUCCGUGCUGCCGAUAACACAUUCGAUCCAUCGGACAAGGGAAUGGUGCUCCCUCAGUUGGCCAAGCGUUACGCCAUCACCAGUAAGCUGGUGAAACCGAUCGAUAACACCGGCAAGGAGUUGUUGGUUCAGUACGAAGUCAAGUUGCAAAACGGAUUGGACUGUGGUGGUGCCUACAUCAAGUUGUUCCAAGACACCGAGAAUUUCGACGUCGAACAGGUCAAUGGAAACACACCGUACUCGAUCAUGUUUGGUCCAGACAAGUGCGGUUCCGACAAUCGUAUCCACUUCAUUGUACAAUCGAAGAAUCCAAUCACCAAGACCUUCCAGGAGAAGCUGAUCGAAGCCAAGCCAGCCGUAAAGACCGACACUCUCUCGCAUCUCUACAGUUUGCACAUCAAGCCCGACAACACCUUCGUUAUCUACCUCGACCAGGUCAACGUCUACGAGGGUUCCUUCCACAAGAACUUUGUUCCAGCGUUCAAUCCACCCAAGGAGAUCGAUGAUCCCUCCGACCACAAGCCAGUCGACUGGGUCGACGACGAGAAGAUGCCCGAUCCAGAAGCUGUCAAGCCAGACGACUGGGAUGAAGACCAACCAUCGAGAAUCACUGAUCCCGACGCCGUCAAGCCAGCCGAGUGGUUGGACAACGAGCCAGAGUACAUCCCAUCGCCCGACGAGGAGAAGCCAUCCGAGUGGAACGACGAAGACGACGGAGAAUGGGAGGCACCAAUGAUCCCAAAUCCACGUUGCCAAGACGGUAUGUGUGGAAAGUGGGCCGCCCCAAUCAUUCCAAACCCAUUGUACAAGGGUAAGUGGUCCGCUCCAAUGAUUGACAAUCCACUCUACAAGGGUGUCUGGAAGGCCAAGCAAAUCGCCAACCCCGAGUACUUUGAGAUCGAGAAUCCAUACAUCGUCGAGAAGAUCGGUGCCAUCGGUGUCGAGAUCUGGACCAUGUCACCAAACAUCUACUUUGACAACUUUAUCAUUACCCACGACAAGUCGGAGGCCGACCGUUUGGCCGCCGAGACCUGGGCUCCAAAGUUCAAGUUGGAGAAGGAGCGUCAAGCCAAGGAGGAAGAAGAAAAAGCCAAAAAGUUGAAUCCAGAGCUCUCACUCGUUGACCAAGCUUUGAUGUACAUUGAUAUGUUCACCGUCUACGCCAAGGAGAAUCCAGUCCCAGUGAUUGGUGCUGCCGUCCUCGGUCUCCUUCCACUCUUGAUCUGUAUGGUCAAGCCAUCAUCAUCCGCCGCUCAAACUACCAAGGCAAACACCACCGCUGGUAGUACCAACACCACCACUACCACAACAACCAAGAAGCAAUCUGAAACUCCACAAAUUGAAUCAGACUCAUCUGAAGAAGAAGAGGAAGAAGAGGAAGAAGAAAAGCCAAAAUCAAAAAAGAGAACUUCAAAAGUUAAUUAA